GUUAAAAUAAAUGAAUCCAAAUACACCUUUCAAUGAACGUUUCUUGAAAAUUCAAGAGAAAUUAAAUUCCAUUCCUCUACAUCAUGAUACUUCAAAAGCACAUAGAAUUGAUACUGUUAAUUCUAGAGUCACAGCAGUAGAGGAAAGAAUUCAAGAUACAAUUACAUCUUAUAAUAGAAAACUAGUAAUAGUUUAUUAAUGAUUAAAAGCAUUCUUUGAAAGAUGAAAUAGUAAGAGUACAAAAGUAAAUUGAAGAAGAAAAUAAUGCUUUUGAAACUUAAUUUGAAUAAAGAGUUCGUGAGAUUGCUGCAUUUGAAAGUAGAAUCACAACUAAAUUGGAAUAAGAAAUUGCUUUAAGAAGAGAUGGAAACUUAAAAUUAUAAGGGUAUUUGGAUGAGAAAGUAAAAUUAAGAAUUUAUAAGAAUUUAGGUUGUCUACUUAAAAUCCGAUAUAUAGACAGAGAGUAAAAUAAGAUAGGAAUAAAUUGAGAAUAUUACUACAUCAUUAGAAAAUGAUUUACCUAAGUUAUAUGAUAUGAUUAAAACUGAAGGAUAAGAUAGAGAAGAUAGUGAUAAUGGAACAUUAAGGAGAUCUGGAGAAGAGAUUAGAAGAUUGAAUGAAGGUUUAAAUAAUUAAAAGAAGUUAAGGUAUAAAUAAUAAUCUAUUUAAGAGAAGAAUCUGAGACAGCUAUUUUUGAAAUGCUUAAGGAUUUAGUUUCUAGAGUGAAGAGUGAAAUAGAAGAAGAAAAAAAAUUAAGAGAAGAAUCAUAAGAAUCACUUUUAGGUUUGUUGGAAGAUGCUGCAAAUAAAAUAUAUAGAGCAGCAAAAGAUUGAUAAAU